UGCUACUACUCGUAAUACUAGUGUUAGUAGAACUCAUUAGUAGAUCAUCAUGCACUGCUUGCAUAGAGAGUGAGAGAAUGGCCCUUCUUGAUUUCAAGAAACACAUCCAAGAUCCUGACAACAAGCUGUCAUCUUGGGUGAUGGGACAAGACUGCUGCUCAUGGGAAGGAGUCCAUUGUGACAACCUCACUGGCAACAUUCUUGCACUGGAACUCAGGGGUCCGGAUCCAAUGUCAUGCAAGUCUUAUUACCUGCAUUACUUGCAGCUGAGAGGUGAGAUCUCUCCAUCUUUGCUUCAACUUCAACAUUUGAAUCAUCUUGACUUGAGUGCCAACUUCUUCCAUGGAGAACAUAUUCCAUCAUUCAUCAGCCACUUCAAAGAGUUGAAGUACCUCAAUCUCUCUUAUUCUGGAUUUCAUGGACUCAUUCCUGCUAAUUUUGGAAAUCUCUCCAGUUUGCACACUCUUGAUCUCUCAUAUAAUGAUGGAGUUUAUGUUGAUGAUCCUGCUCAUAAUUGGCUUUCUCAUCUUUCUUCACUGCAACACCUUGUUGUGAGUGGUGUCACCUUUAGGAGUAACUCAUCAAGUAGCUUGUUUCUAGCCCUGAACAAGCUUCCUUCCAUAAAGGAGAUGCGUUUGUCUGGAUGUCGGCUUGGAAGCAUUCCACUUUUCAUUCCCCAUCUCAACUUCUCGUCUCUCUCCAUUCUUGAUCUCUCUUACAACUCCAUCAAUUUUUCAGUGCCUUCCUUCCUGGUCAACCUAAAGAGCCUUCAAUAUCUAGACAUCAGUUACAAUUAUUUUAUUAACAUCGGACAUGAUUAUGAAUGGCUUUCUAAUCUCACUUCAUUGCAACACUUGGAUAUGAGUGGUGUCAACUUGAGCAGCAUGUCAAUUAGCUUGUUCCUAACUCUCAACAAGCUUCCUUUCAUAAAUGAGCUGCAUUUGUCUGAGUGUGUGAUAGAAAAGCUUCCUCUUUCCAUUCCUCAUCUCAACUUCUCAUCUCUGUCUGUUCUUGACCUCUCUGACAACCAUAUCAAUUUCUCGGGGAUUUCCUGGUUGUUCAACAUCAAGAGCCUACAAUCUCUAGACCUCAGAGACAAUCUUUUUUAUCACCCCACCUUCAACCCUUUUCCAAGAGUGAUUAAUGAGUUUUUUAUGACACUACCUCCCAAUGAGAUAAGCAUGCCUGAAAGCAUAGGCAGUCUUUGCAGCUUGCAAACACUAAACCUAUCUGAGUUGAAUAUCAACAAGAGACUUGUUGAACUUGUAGGCGUUUUCUCUGGCUGUCUUAAGAAUAGUCUUACUCAGUUACGAUUAAGUUCCGCUAAUCUUAAAGGAGAUAUACCAAACUGGAUCUGGGAGAUGAAGAAUCUCAAGUUUCUUGAUCUCUCAUACAACUCACUUUCUGGUUCUGUUCCUUCAUCCCCAGCAAAGCUUUCACAGCUGGAAUAUAUAAAUCUUGCUUAUAAUCAGCUGAGUGGUACUAUAUCCGAAGAACACUUCACUCCACUUGAGAAACUAGAAACCCUUGAUAUUUCUCAUAAUUCACUGGUUUUCAAUGUGAGUUCUAACUGGGUUCCUCCUUUUCUUCUCAACAAAUUAAGAAUCAGCUCUUGCUCAGUUGGUCCAGAAUUUCCAACAUGGCUCCAGACACAGCACAAGUUGAAUGCACUUGAUCUGUCCCAAAAUGGAAUCUCAAGCACAGUACCUGACUGGUUUUGGAACUUGACUACUCACAACCUUAUUUACUUAGAUCUUUCCAAUAAUCAAAUUCGGGGGAUGAUACCCGAAUUCUUAACUUUCAUUCACAUUGAACACUUUGAUCUUUCUUCUAAUUUGUUUUCAGGUCCUUUACCAGAUCUCCACAUGCAUAGCCCGACCCUCUCUGGCAUAUAUCUUUCUAAUAACUCCUUUUCAGGUCCUAUCUCUCGAAUUAUAGUAAAUAAUCAUUUUUAUCUUGAAAUCUCAAUUUCAAUGAACAAAUUAAAUGGCAGUGUUCCUGAUUGGUUGUGUCAAAUAAAGAAGAUACGUACAAGCAUUGAUUUCUCCAAAAACCAUUUAUCAGUCAAUUGGUCGCACUUGAUCUCAUGCACAACAACUUCACUGGAAGCAUACCAAACUGGAUAGGAGGACACCUACCAUCAUUAAUGUUUCUCAUGUUAAAAGGGAAUGCCUUUGUUAAUAACAUCCCACAAGAAAUUUCUCAACUCAAGUAUUUGCAAAUACUUGAUUU